AUGCCACAGAAAAAAAUCGAUGAUAGUCUGGAGGGACGUGUUUUAGCUCUUUUGCAACUAAAAUACUCUCAGCCACAAAUAGUUAAGAUUUUGAAAAAGGAUGGAAUCAAAAUAUCUCAACAAACUGUAUCGAACAUUAAACGAAAUAUUGGUCCUCAACGUACUUCAUUUGAUAAAAUAAAAUUUUCUCGAUAUCGACCGGUGGCUACUCCAUCGACGAUAUCAAAAGCCAACUUCAUUCUUCGUAAAAAACAAAAAGUUCAUAAACUAACAUCUUCGAACGUCGAAAAGCGUCGUCAACGUGCACCUCGACUUUAUCGACAAUUAGCUAGUAAUCGUUACAAAAAUUUCAUCACCACCGAUGAAUCUUGGUUCUAUCUUGAUGGUACUGAAGGAAAAAGGAAAGUUUGUUACGUAAAAAAGUCCGAUCCAAAUUAUGAACGAAUGAUACUUGAACAAGAUUCAUCUCGUCCACAAGGAUUUAUGGUAUGGGCUGGGAUCUCGUCUUCUGGUAAAACCUCUCUUCGUUUUGUUAGACCUGGUGUCAAAAUUAAUUCAGAUUACUAUAUUAACCAUAUAUUGAAACCACUUUUAUCACGAGACAUUCCUCGUCUGUUUCCAAAAAAUAAGAAAAACAAAAUUAUUUUCCACCAGGACAGUGCUCCUAGUCAUGUUUCGAAGAAAACAAUUGCCUUUUUGAAUGAAUCGAAAAUUAACUAUGUUAAACCCGAGGAAUGGAUGCCUAAAUCACCAGAUGCAGCUCCCAUGGAUUAUUCGAUUUGGGGGUACUUAAAACAACGGCUGAACAAACAGAAAAUUGGAAAUCUAAAUGAACUGAAAAAAAAACUUUUAUACCAAUGGACAAAGAUGGAUCAACUUUAUAUUGACAAAGUUUUGGCUCAGUGGCCAAAACGAGUAUUUCUUAUAUAUAAGGCUCGUGCCUUUCAUAUAGAACAUCAUUUGAAAUGA